GACGUUACUGCGGCCAGCUCGCCAGUCAUUGGGCAGCGGGCAGACGGAAAGCACAUAAAACAAAGCACAAAUCAGAUAGACAGAUACAUAUAGGGCUUGACGAUGGGCAUCGAUAAGGACUGUGAUAUUUUGCGGCCACUUAUCGACAGUGAAGUAGACGAACUGCUCGAUCUAUACAAAGUUAAAUACGGUGUACAGAACUUCCACUACCUGUUGCUCUAUAACCAGCGAAAGUGGGAUCGCCAGUUGGAUGAGGCUAAAAUACCGCGCGAUGAUCUAAACUAUAUAUCCAUGAGGAAGCAAUUCUUUACCCAUCGAAAUGGGGACUUCCGAAAGUGGGGCACCUAUGUAAGUCUUCAUCGCGACAUCGUGCAGAGCGUCUCCUUCUUCAGCUGGCAACCGAAUGAGGCUGGGGAGAUGUGGGAGUGCCUAGAGCAAACCCAACUUAUUGAAUGGACACAGGGCGCCCUGCUGACCAACGUGGAUCUCGGAUUUUGCGAUCGGGUCAAAGAGUUGGCCGUCAAACGUGGUGUCACCUCCAUGCAACCGCGUCAGUGUUUCGGAAUGGUUUUGCUGCACGAGGGAGCCUUAAGUGUGGAGGUUCCAGAGCUGCUAUCCGAGUUCGACAUCCGGCCACUGCAGGACGAGGAUGCAGCUAUGGUGCACGAAACUUGGCCCAACAAGGGUGAGGGGUCACUGACCUAUCUUCGGGCCCUUAUUCGCUUCAACAAAUCCUUGGGAGUGUGCCGAAGUGACACCGGCGAAUUGAUUGCAUGGAUCUUCCAAAACGACUUCUCCGGGCUGGGCAUGCUUAAAGUGUUGCCCAAGGCAGAGCGAAGAGGGCUUGGUGGCCUUCUGGCCGCUGCGAUGACUCGAAGAAUAGCCAGGGGCGAGGAUGUCACCUUAACAGCCUGGAUUGUGUCCACCAACUGGCGAUCGGAAGCACUGCUAAAGCGGAUCGGAUACCAUAAAGAGGUGAUCAACGAGUGGAUCAAGCUGGUGCCCCAUCCGGCGUAGGAGCACCAUCCAUCGUUGAACUGGUGGCGCUGCUGGGCAUUCUGUUGGAUAGUUGGAUAUACGAUAAAUAGGUUAGGUCAAGGAGCACACACGGUGAUUUGCAUUUGCUUUGCCUAUGUACAUUGUCAACAAUUUUAUUUUUUGGUUCAACAUGCGCUAACGCUUUCUGAAUACACUUUACGGCUUAAUCAAAUACAAAAACAAAUUCGAAACUAGCGGGUGGGAGGGGAUAUGGAAAUUGGGAACUCGAACUACUUAUAAUAUUUACACACUCCGCUCGCCUACGAAACUAUAUCAAAAAUACAUUACGUUUAUAGCAUUGCUAUGCGUUCUGGGUGAACAAACAUACAUAUAUUACGCACUUUUGACUCAACCGGCACAACAUCGAAAUUUUUCAUUUUCGAGUUUGAUUACUAAAAGAAUGUCACAGCUUACAUAAUGUUAUACAUUGCGAGUCCUACAUAAGUAUGAGGUGUACAAAAAAUUCCGGAAAAAUAUGAUUUUAGAAUUAAGACACUCUUUCAGCAAACGUACUAACCACUAAUCAUUAGCCAUGUUAUUUUAGCACCGUAUGGACCUUGUUUUCUUAUUUUAUUUUCAAUCUAAUAAAAAAGGAUUCUUUUAUGUUUUAAA